AAAUAAAAUAUUAAUUACUCCCUUAUUAAAAAAUAAAAAGUUUUUUUAAAUAAAAAUGUAGUCUAUAUUUAAGGGAAGAAAUAUUAAUUUGUUGGAUCAAAGAUUAAAAUCGUGAUUUGGCCGUAGAAACAAACAUAAAAACAAAUGAGAAGGAUAUUACUACUAAUUCGGAGAAAUCUAAUAUUUCCCCUGAAAAAGGGCAACGAAUCAAGUAAUUGUGGAUAAAGUAUAGCCAACCACCAACUAUUUCCCUCUCCGACAGCAACUCUAAAUCGAUUGUAACCAAAGAAAAACAUUUAAUAUCAAAAAUAAAAAUACAAAAUAAGAUGAGAAAUAGCAUAGAGAAGCUCACAGUUAUCAACAAUAUUAUCUGAAUCAACAAAUAAACGCAAAAAUAAGAGAAAAAAAAUAAUUUUUUUCCGAAGCUUCUCUACGCAGAAAUUCAUGGCGCACACAGUCUCGUAGCCAAUCCUCUUCACUUCACUGUUUGCUCUCACGAUGGAGGCUCGUGCGCGACGUCGUUUAGCUCUGCUUUCCUCCCACGUGAACCCACUCAUAGAGACAUCAGGCACGGCCUCGUUUAGCUCGCUGAUAGCCUCCGCUUGCAACGGAGGGAAUGAGAUGAAAAAAGGAGAAGAUGAUUGUGUAUUUUGCAGGAUUGUUCACGGCCAGGAUUGGGAUUUCUUCAUCUGGAAUUUCCCGUUUAAGUGGAAAAAUAUUUACACUUUUUCUAGGCACUCUCUUAUUAUUCCAAAGAGUCAUUAUCCCUCGUUGGAUGCAACUCCUCCAUCGAUUAUCGGGGCCAUGUGUUCGAAAGUGCCUUUGAUUAGCAACGCUGUCAUGAAAGUUACCGGUUGCGAUUCAUUCAACUUGCUGGUCAACAACGGUGCAGCUGCUGGCCAAGUUAUAUAUCAUACCCACAUCCACAUAAUACCUCGUAAAGCAAACGACUGCUUGUGGACUUCUGAGUCCAUACGGAGGUGCCCGAUGGACCAAGAAGUCUCACAGCUUGCAGACCGCAUUCGUGAAAGCUUGAUGUUCGUGAGCAGGUAUGAAGAUAGCAAAGGUCAAGGAUCGAGUCUUGUUGUGAAUUAGGUGCUCGUCGUCUCUCUGUACAAUAUGUGCGUUGUUUUGCUUUGAGCUCUAUGCCAUCGCGAGACAGACGAGGUGUGGAUAUCGUGAAACGAACUGCAUCAAUGGUUGUAUUCUUAUAUAGUGUCAUUUGUUGCUAUGGCUGAUCACAGAACUCUCCUCCAUGUUUUGUACCAUAAAAAACACUGUGCUCUACUUCAGUCGUUUUGAUUUCUUUUGCAAUUUCUUUAAAAAAUACAUUUUCAAAAACAAUUAAGGUAA